AUGUCAGUGGAAUCUGAGCGCGAGGCGCUAAUACGGCAACAUAACAAGUUGAAGGCUGAAGUAGAAAGCAUCAACAAUGAGAUAAAGAAGCUCGAGCGCGCCAACGAGUACCUCAGGCAGCAGAACGCGAAUAUGCGCCGGAUGGUCGAGCAGUCUCAAGCUAUGGCGGCUGCGAUGGCCCCGGAAUCCAGCGUACACACCUCCAGCGGAAGGUAUGACGACGGCGACCUCGUGAAGACGCCGGAGGCGCGCGGCGGACAUUUCUACCAGGUUGUGUCCGACCUGACGGGGAAUCGUGACUCGGUGCUCGGCAGUUAUCUAAAGCACGUGGCCGGCGUGGCGGACGACUUCGCCAGCAAACUGCACGUGACGGAAGGCGACUACGAACACCCGCCCGCACGUGAGAGCGUCUUGCAGCACAUCUACAGGCGCACGGAUCCGGCCUACAUGAUGGUCCCGAGCCUGUCUUCCAGGGAGUCAGGCAUCGACACGUCCUCGGAGAUGGGCAGCCCACAGGUGGAGCCGCAGUACGUCGAGCGCACGGGCUACUUCCAGGAGGUAACCGCCGCCUACGGCUCCGACAAGCGCGGCGACUUUCCGCCGUCGCUGGUGAAGUGA